AUGAAGACACCCGGUGUGACGGAGGUGGAAAUCAUCUACGACCGCGAGAGCGAGUCGCCUCUUCCAAAGAGUGCCAUUGAUUUGACGUUUACGAAAUAUGGGAAGAAGGAUCGCAAGAGGCCCGAAGUUCCCGUGUUAGGGGACGGUCUCGAUCUUGAGGAUCCCAUGGUCUCGCACUUUGCUGAUGCUGGGGGUCGACUUGCCCAGGAUGAGAAAGCAGCAUUGGAACCUUCGAAUAUCUUGAAUGGAGUGGAUCGGUUGCGGCACAAACCGUUGACGCCAGAGAUAUGCGAUGAUGGAGGGCGCAACGAAGAUGAUUUACCAAGUGAUGUCGGGGAUGGUGUCUCGGGGGAUUUUGCAUUACAGUUGGCACAGGGGAGAUAA